CUGGGGAAAUCCCAUGAUGACAUAGUGACAUCGCUCCCAAAAGAUGAAGAUGCCCCCGAGCUAGAGUCACGACUUCAAUUCCAUAAGCAAUUUAUGAUAGGAGCACAAAGUAACAGAGCGGGGUUAGGAUCAAAUAGGAAAGUCCAAGAUGCGGAUAUAUUGAAGUCUUUUAUUCGGCAAGACGAGAAUGAUAAAUAUAAGAUCCAUGCAAUGAAUUUAGAAAUGCAGAACGAGUGGUUAGACAUAGGAGAUUUUUGCAUCCCAUUAGCAUUAAAAUGGCGCACUUUAAUUUAUGAUUGGUCGCCAGCAUUGCUAAAAUUCUAUCUCAAUGCGUUCCAGAUGACUCUCCCAGAUCAGAGUAAUUUAGUAAGAUGGGGUAAAAGUACCGAAAAAACUUGCUAUAUCUGUGGAAAGGCAGUUGGAACUGCUAAGCAUCUGCUGGUGGGAUGUAAGGCACUCCUGGACAGCGGUCAAUACUCGCGUCGUCACGAUAGGGUUCUAGAAGUCAUACGUGAAGCGGUUAGUCUUUCGGUAGCCAGAGCGCAAAAGGAAAUAACCACAAACGAACGAUCAGUAGGUUUUGUGAGAGAAGGCACUAGGGCUACAAAAUCAAACGUCAAGCCUUACUCCAUCCUUAAAGCGGCGUCGGAUUGGACUAUAAUGAUGGACACGUAUGAAAAGCAAUAUAAAAUCCCCGAGGAUAUUUGUGCGUCGGCCUCCAGACCGGAUAUAUUUUUGUUUUCGCGAAUUCUAAAGCGCGUAGUGAUGAUAGAGCUUACGGUCCCUUGGGAAACCAACAUCCCCAAAGACCAUACCAUCAAGGUCAACAAAUAUUACGAGCUCACAAACGAACUCACUCGAAAUAGGUUCGUAGUAGAUUUGUACGCGGUAGAGGUGGGAGCGAGAGGUAUAACAGCGAAAUCUCUCUACAACCUACUAAAGGACUUGGGCUUGUCCAGAACUCACAUAAAUGCAUUCUUGGAACGUAUAUCGAAGGCAGCCCUAGUAGGUUCUUUUCAAAUUUGGUUAGGUAGGGAGAGGAGCUUGGACAGUGGAGGUGAGCGUAUAACGCGCGUUAGUUAA